AGGAUGGGAGAAAAUUAUUUUAAGACCGUUGCGGCCAGUGUGCUAUUCAUUAUUUUCUUUCUGCAUCCAAAUGAUUGCACGCCUCAGGAUGACGAAGUAACCACAGAUGCUGGCCCCACUUCUCCUGCCAGCAACGUUGAGGAUACUACUCCUACGCCUAGUGAACCGGAAUCCGAAGAGGGAACAAGCGUUAAUCCUUCUACCAACGCCGUUGAGGAUACUACUCCUAUGCCUAUUGAACCGGAACCCGAAGAGGUAACAAGCGCCAAGCCCGAGGAACAUAGUACUCCAAACGAAAACGAAAAGCGUACGCAUCAUCGCCAGCCGCCCAAAGCAAACGUAAAGCAAGCGCGUCAUCACGCAAUGAUCAAAGGUGAUAUGGCCUCGAUAGCUUCACCAAUCCUUGUGGAAGGUGUAGACGCAUUAACUAAUUUACUAUCAGAGGAUACGUUCGGUGGACCUCACGCCGACCAUGGGCCAUCAAUACGAAAACAACUGAUGCUGCGAGGACCGCGGCAAGCACCUCAAUCGCCUGUAAAUGGGCAAGCUGCGACAAUUAAAUCACCUGCACCUAACCCAGCUGUAGCUGUGCCACCUCCACCUAUGCCGCCUGCAGUUGGGCCACCUGCGCUUGGGCCACCUGCAGUUGCGCAACCUCCAUUUAUGCCACCUGCUGUUGCGCAACCUCCAUUUAUGCCACCUGCAGCUGCGGCACCUCCACGUAUGCCACCUGCACUUCCAAAUGGGCCACCUCCAAAUGGGCUACCUCCAAAUGGGCCACCUGCUGUUGGGCCACCUGCACGUCCUGGCGGCGGUGCAAACUAUCCUUUUGUCCCGUCACAGGGCAAGACUGUUAACAUAUACCUUUAA